CUCUUUCGUAAGUCUAUGCUAGCCGCUGCCUUCGUCACGUCGACGUUGGGUGAAAGGUCACUCAGCGAGGGGUGGGGAGGCACGCACGCACACGCGCGCGGUCGCUCGCUCGCUCGCUCGGGGUGGCCUGAGGCCCAUGUGGAGCGGCAGUCGGAGCUUAACCGCCGCUACCGAAUCCGGAUCUCGGGGCCCGAGGUAGCCAUGAAGGGUAGCCGGAUCGAGCUGGGUGACGUGACGCCACACAACAUUAAACAGCUGAAGCGGUUAAACCAAGUCAUCUUUCCUGUCAGCUACAAUGACAAGUUCUACAAGGAUGUGUUAGAGGUUGGCGAGCUCGCAAAGCUGGCCUAUUUCAAUGAUAUCGCAGUGGGUGCAGUGUGCUGCAGAGUAGAUCACUCUCAGAAUCAGAAAAGACUGUACAUCAUGACACUUGGAUGCCUGGCCCCUUACCGAAGGUUGGGAAUAGGAACUAAAAUGUUGAAUCAUGUGUUAAACAUCUGUGAAAAAGAUGGCACUUUUGACAAUAUCUAUCUGCAUGUGCAGAUUAGCAAUGAGUCAGCAAUUGACUUCUACAGAAAGUUUGGUUUUGAGAUCAUUGAAACGAAGAAGAACUACUAUAAGAGGAUAGAGCCAGCAGAUGCUCAUGUUCUGCAGAAGAACCUCAAAGUCCCUUGUCUUGGCCAGAACACAGAUGUGCAAAAGACCGACAACUGAACAGAACCCAAUGAACGCUUUCUUGCACUUGCUUGUCACCAAAUAAGGAAAGAGAGGCCUGUUUUUUCCCCUUCUAAUGUUUUAUACCCUCUCCAACAAAUUAAUAAUUCCCAAGGAUUGUCCAGUUGUGUGUUUGGGUUUUAUAGCUCUAAUUCUUUGGAAUGAAAAUAGUGUGCAGUUCUAGUUGUGGGGAAAGGGGGCCUUCAGUCGGUCUUCCAGAGGUCAGCUAUUCUUCAGUGUGUUUGAUCCUCCUGCAUUCCUGUUGAAGGGCAAAAUUUAAGCAAUACCUUGCAUCCAGACUCCUAAUACCAUACUUUAAAAAAAAUAUCUGGAUGCUAUUGUGUUCUAAUUCUGAACUUGAUUUAGCAGUUCUUUGACCCCGUUUACAUUUUGAACAUAAACAUGCAUCAGCCUGUUGGCUGAUCUACAGUAUUUGAGUUGCCAUUUUUCCAAGGUAUAGUGACUGACCAGAUGUUUCAUCUUGCUGAGUAAGCAGCUUUGUCUAUCUUUUGACUGGCUACUGCUGUGUUCCUUGACUGGUUUAGGUGAAGAUUCAGAGUGGAUUGUACCAUCUUCCAUUCUUCUCCUGUUCAGUAUAGGUGUUUCAACCCUUGGUCUUGGGCAACAAUGGAAAAGCCAAACAUUUAAGACUGCUAAAGAAGAUCAGUGUGUGACCCUUGCUUUUUAAAAAAGAAAAAAGAAAAAAGCAUUGUCUUGGAAAUGGCUCUACUGGUUUGGACUCUGCUUGCUUGCUGAGAUUAUACUCUUUCUAGAGGAUGGUUAAAAAUGCUUUCCUCCCCCUACUCUUCUGAAGACUUGGCACUCAUUUUGGUAUCAUCUUAAAAGGGGGUGUUGGAGAACACCAAAUGGAAAUGGCUUAUUCUGAACACAUCACAAGGAUUCAGAAAAUAACUGGCUUUCUCCUAAUAUUGUAAUGUAAGAACUGUAGCCUCCUUUAGUGAGCUCUUGCUUUGCAUUGUGUUAUGCUUCUGUUUGCAAUCAUUUCAUUUUGAGCUUAUAUUCAGUACAAUAAUGCCAGCUUAACCAUUUGACUCUUCUCCUUAUCUGGGGAAAUGUACUGGAAGAAGAAGAUCUGCCCCAUCACCUAAAUUGAUAUUAAACUGUAUUACUUUCCUGUUUUUGAAUUUAAGCUAUAUUUUGCGCUUUUCUGCUUUGAAAAAUUGUUUAUCUUGGGUGUGAGGGUACAGCUAUUACAGUAUAAUCUUGCUAGCUGGUGCUGUAAUCUUACUGUGAUACAGAAUUGAGAACCAAGGGAAUCGAAAUUGGGAAAGCUCAAGUUCUUUACAAUAUUAUGCAGCCUUUAACUGUGGAGGAGUGAGGAAACGCUACAACCUCUGUUCCUUAUCAGGCUUGCAGAAUGUCCUGGAAUGUGUGCCUGACACCUACUUGGUAUAUGCAGACUUUCUGUAGAACUGCAUGUUAAUUUUUCUGAUCAGAACAAAUAUUAAGCUUGUCCUCCAGAAACCUUGUUUUCAAGAUUCUCAUGCUAAUUUCCUUGUCACAGACACCAUCUUACAUUGUAUUUCUUGAAUUUGUCAUCAUUUUAAAAAGAUGUUGACGCACAUUUAAAGCUCAAGUGCCACCCUAGCUUCCCUGAUCAAUUGUACAUAAGGCUCAGAGUUUGAAGUGGGAAGGUACUUCAGUAAAUAAUGUAUAUACAGCCCACAUCAGCAUCUUUCCAUAGCUGCUGCCUGCUACUAAGGGAAGUGUAUGCCCUUGUUUCAGAAACUGAAACACUUCAUAAUGGGGAGGUGGAUCUACACAUUCUUAUGGCUAUAUCCUAAGAGCCAUGGAUGGAGGGAAGUUCAGGUAAGCAAAGUUCCCUACCCUCUCCUCACCAUAGCAGCCCCCCUGUGCCCCCUAAACAUCCACUCCUGAGGGUUUAGGGACCUUCUAGAACAGGAUUGUAUGGAAGACAGAAGAUUGCUGGGAUAAGGGAAACUGGGGGGAAACACACAUACGUGAACAGAAGUGCUUACAUUCAUACAAAAAACAUUUGAGAUGCAACUCUGUAUCACAGCAGUUUCCUUUAGAUUUUAACAAAAAUUCUCAUGCACAAACGUUUAUCUUAGUUUUUGAUAUUAUUUUUUGUUCUUGAUCACCGCCAUUCUAUGAAUGUAUGUUUCUUGGAGUUUCCAUUGUAUAGUCAACUAUCUUAGUAACUAUCUUCUAUAGGAGGUGGGAAGAGAAGAAAUUGGAAAUCAAAGGCUUAAUUUUUCUGACUAUCAGUUCUGCCAGCAACUAGUAAGAGCACAAACGGAACUAUCCUUCUGCUUCAGUAUGGUGAAGAGCAACAGUUUGGAUAGUUUGUUUUCCUCUUAUUUUGCUGCAAACGCCUACUGGUUUGGGGAAAAUAUAGGUUGGGAGGUUGUUUUAAAUGGGUGUUUUAAUUCUUCAUGUUCUAUAGGAACUUUCCAUUCUCUUGCAAAUCAUCAUAUAUACAAAUGUUAAUUCCUUUGGGGGUACUAUGAAACUAUCAGCAGCAACAUUUCUUUUGUAAAUGUUUUCAAGGAAUAUGAUUUCAACUGAGUUUACCUAGUUAUAGGCUGUGUAAAUUACAAGUGGUUCAGUAUAACAGGCUUUGUUGAAGCUGCUGUAUUUUAUAAAGAAACUUUCAGUAUUAGGUAACCAUGAUAUGUGACAAGAAGGAAAGAAACAUCCACAAUAGACAUCCUUUACUGGGGGUGGGGGAGGGGAUAUUUUUAUACACACAAAGUGGCUGGGAUUACUUGAUUCAGUUAAUGGUUAAAUAUGAUGAUACUGUUACAGCUGAAAUAAAUUCUAGUUCUGUUUCAUUAACUUUUAAUGCUGCCCUGUGAUGUCUAGUUAACUUCAGCCAACCAACCAGUUACCCUUUUCCUGUGAUCCCAUAUCAGUAGCUGUGCUCAAAUUUAUUUCUAUGGUUCAUUUUGAGUCUGCACUGCAGCAUUUGUCUAAAAUGCCCACCACCCUGUUUUCUUGAUUAGGAUUUGAUUUAAAUGUGUUGCUCCAAAUACCCGUGUAAUCCGUGCAUUGUGUUAAUUCAUUGUGUGUUGUGUGAACAUGUCCUGACAUUGCAGGAACCCUGCCGUCUACCCUUGGAAACUGGAAAUGCUGAUAUCCUUGGAGUGUAAUUCUCCUAACUUUAUAAGCAGCCUGUUACCUUGGUGUGAGCAGAAAUGCGUCAUCUAGAAUCACUGUGGCACAGAGAUAGAAGCUAACUUUUCUCUGUGUUACAUAUCCUUGCACCAGUAGUUGUGUAGAUAAAUCAAGGCAUUCAACAAGUACAAUGCCUUGGGGAAACCUUCAUAUGAACAUGCCUUCAAAUUGCAGGGAGAAACAAAUUAUUUACAAAUGUUAGAUUGUUGCUUUUGUACGUCAGGAGCAUGGUUUGUCUUUCUGAAAUUAUUGGAAGUAAAACUUUUAGAAACAUUCUGAAUAAAUGUACAUUAUGAAUAAGAUUGCCCUUGA